AUGAUACAAAUAUGUUAUCGAUUUUGCAGGACUUUUACUGAAGUUACAUAUACUCCACAUUCAAAACUGAAUUUAAUAAUUGGGCCCAAUGGUUCUGGAAAAUCGUCAAUUGUUACAGCUCUCAUAUUAGGAUUUGGUGGUAAUCCAAAGGACAUUAAUAGAGGAGACAAAGUCAGUCAGUUUGUAAAAAAAGGCAAAUCCGUAGCAGAUAUUUCAAUAGAACUUUAUAAGAGAUCGAAUCAAAAUGUACAUUUGAGAAGAACAAUAUUUGCCAGCAAUGAUAGUUGUCACUAUUAUGUCAACAGUAUUUUGGUCUCCAAAAAAAAAUUUUUGCCACAAGACAGACUUGAAGAUUUUUCUAAAUUAGAUUCUAAAGGUUUAUUAAUAAAUGCUUUACAAAGUAUUGAAAAUCAAGACUUAUUGAACAAUUUUGAAAAGUUAAAAACUCUUGCUGUUAGCAUAACUUCAUAUGAUAGUGAUCAAAAGAAAUUACAAGACAAUAUAAGAUUAGAGAUUGCUGUAAAUUUAAAACUCGAAACAAUUGUUAGUUCAUUCACAGAAAAAAAAUUGUUGGAAGAACAAUUAUUGGUUGUGUUACAGAAGAGAUGUUGGUCCUUAUAUAUGUUGGCUUGGCAACAAAUUUCUAGUGAAAAAAAAAAAUUUGAAGAGUCAAAAAAACAUAAUAAGGAUGCCUUAGUUCUAAUUAAUCAGCAGAGAGAUAGAAUUAAAAGGAAACAGUCAGGAGAAAUUAAUCUGAAGAAUGUGGUUCUUCAGAAUGCAAAAGCAGUAUUUAAGUUAAUUGAAAAACUUAAUAAUCUAGUUGGAGCUGCCAAUUGUCAUGUAUCUGAUAUAAAUGAGUUGAUAAAAACCGUUAAAAAAAAUUCAAUCAAAAUAGAAGACCUUACAGAAUCCAUAUCAUCUAUGGAAGUGAAGUUACAAAAGUGUAAACUGGAACUUAUUGAAAUUGAUAAAAAUAUCAAAAGUAUCGAUGCAAAUAUUUACCCUGUGAAAAGCAAUUUAGAAAGCAUUAAAAACAAACUAAGAGGUCUAACUGAAAAAAUGUCUGCUAUUGAUCAAGAACUUGAACGCGAAAAAAGAAAAGAAGAAGGCAAAAAUCAAUUACUACAGAGAAAGUUUCCGGAAAUGUGGAAAGCAAUAACCUGGCUAAGAAAGUGCGAUAAGUCAUCAAUUUUUCAUGGACAAGUUUUUGAACCCUUAUUCACUCAGAUUGAAGUACGUGACCAAAAAAAUGCCAAGUACAUAGAAAAUAUUAUUAAUUAUCCUCCACCUGCCAAUUUUAAAAUUAACGAGAUACCAAAUUAUGAUAUAAAUAGUUUAAGAAAAUUUGGUUUCCAUACUUAUGCAUUAGACAUGAUACAAGCACCACCUGUCAUAAGGAGAUAUCUAACUAAAAGUUACGACAUGCAAAAUAUUCCUAUUGGUUCCAAAGAAGUUUUCAAUCAUAUGCAGAGUUUACCCAGUAAAAUUAGCUUCUUUUUUGCAGGUAAUGAUCAAGUUAGUAUAAGAAAUUCAAACUAUACGGGAGAAAAAAUCACACGACAAUCACAAAUAUCAACUGAGGCACAAUUUUUGCUGUUUUCUGUAGACUCAAAUUUGAUUCAAUCUUUGACAACCAAAAAAGAAGAAGCUAGAGUAAAUUGUGAAAAUUUGGCUCAACAACAAACUGAAUUUAUUAAUCAGCUUAGAACUGCCGAAGACAGUCGUCAACCUUUUUUUGAUAGGAAAAAAGAUAUACAAGGAAGUUUUAUGAAAUUUCAAAACAGACAAAAAGCUUAUGAAAAAAUGGUAAAAGAUAUGGAGUUCAAACAAAGUGAACUUAAAACAGAAAAAGAAAGAUCCACAAAAUUAUUAAGCCAAAAUUCGCAACUAAUCAAUAAGUACUUUGAUUCAAUGAAUGGAGCUGUUGCGAUGUUGGACAGUUAUUCAACUAGUAUGAUAUAUCUUAUGAGUUCUGCCUUUGUUGUUAACAAUUGUUGCGUUGACAUGGAAGAUGAAAACAAAGUUUUGAAGCAAUUAAAGACACUCUAUGUAACUAACAUGAGCAAUUUCAGUGAUUACCUGAAGUACAUACAAAAGUUGGAAUCUGAAUUCAAGAAAAUGUUAGAUGUAGCUGUACAUUGGACUAAUGGAGUGUCUCCAUACGAUAAAACUUUAUUUCAAUCCAUGAUUGAAAAAUUUGCAAAUAUAGAACAGAAUGAUGUUGAUGAUUUAGAUGUAUUAAUUGUUGAGAAGAAAGCCAAACUCAACUGUCUUAAUAUUGAUCCAAAUGCUCCUCAGUUAAUAAAAGAAUACAAGGAACGCAAGAUAAAAAUAAAGAAUUUAGAAAAGAAAUUGGAAAAUUUAAACCUCAAUGCUCAAACCAAAGAACAUGAAAUUGAAAGAUUACACUCUGAAUGGUUGCCAAAAAUUCAAGAACUUACUGCCUUGUUGUGUAAUAAUUUCCAGAAAUUUCUCAGUUCUUUUGGUUGUAGUGGCUUAAUUGACUUGGACAUUGGCGUAACGAGGUACGAUUUCCAAGCAUAUGGGCUUUUGAUAAAGGUGCAAUUUCGCAAUGACAUUCCUUCACUGAGGCUAUUAGAUGCCAAAAGCCAAAGUGGUGGUGAACGUGCUUUGACAACGGCUCUAUUUUUGUUAUCCCUUCAAGAAGUUACUCAUUUUCCAUUCAGAAUUGUUGAUGAAAUUAAUCAGGGCAUGGAUAAAGUAUAUGAAAGGAAACUGAUGGAACUGUUUAUGGAGUUAUUUCAAGACAGGAACAAUCAGUAUUUGGUUGUCACACCAAAGUUGAUCAAGAACCUUUCAUUUAAAAACACCACGGUGGAUAUUAUAUUUUGCAUUGAUAAAUAAAGAAUCAAACAUGACCAUGGGAAUUUUUUUUUUAUUAUAUUGUGUCUUAUUCUAAUGACUCAAUAUCUCAAAUAUUGUGAGUUCUUAUUGUAUUAACCUAACAUUAUGCAUUUUAAUUAAUUAAUUAUUUAUUUUAUGUUUUAUACAG